AUGAAGUUGCCAACGUAUCGAGGACUUCGACGGCGACUUGUGCUCGCGUUCGAUCUAGGGACGACUUUCAGUGGAGUUUCUUAUGCGGUUUUGGACCCGGGACAGACACCCGAGAUCAGAGGUGUAACAAGAUUCCCUGCCCAUGAACAAAUUAGCGGAGCAUCAAAGAUCCCGACGAUCAUCUACUACGACCAGGAAGGCCAGAUCCGAGCUGUUGGUGCUGAGGCGCUGAGGGAGAACACACAAGAAAGAGCAGAGGAAGAAGGAUGGUUUAAAGCGGAAUGGUUCAAGCUUCACAUUCGGCCUCGAGACGGCUCGUCAUACGACAUUGCAGACAAGAUACCACCCUUGCCCCAGGGCAAGUUUGCUGUCACCCUAUUUGCGGACUUUCUUCGAUACCUCUUUCAAUGCACCGAGACUUACAUCAAAGAGACCCACGCCAAUGGGACGGAGCUCUGGGAUUCGCUCAAGGACGAUAUAGAUUUCGUUCUUUCCCAUCCGAAUGGCUGGGAAGGAUAUCAACAAUCCCAGGUUCGAAGGGCGGCUGUGGCUGCUGGAUUUAUCCCGGACAACAAGUAUGGUCACGACAGAAUUUGGUUUGUCACGGAAGGCGAGGCGAGUCUGCAUUUCGCCAUUCAGAAUGGGCUUCCGCAGGGAGUCAUGGAGAGCGGGGACGGCGUCAUUAUCGUCGAUGCUGGAGGAGGGACGAUCGACAUCAGCGCAUACCGGAAGCCCAAGUACAGCAAGACUUUUGAGGAAAUAUCGACCCCUCAGUGCCAUUUUCAGGGGUCCGUGUUCGUCAGUAUCAACGCGCGGUUAUACCUCGACAACCUGCUAAAGGAAUCGGAGUACCACGAAGACCUCGAUCACAUCGUCCGCUGUUUCGACAAGACGACCAAGGUCCGGUUUAGCGAUGACCAGCAGCCCCAGUACAUCAAGUUCGGCUCUACUCGCGACAACGACCUCAACUGCGGGAUUCGGUUCGGUCAGUUGAAGCUCGAGGGAUCCGAUGUUGCGACCUUUUUCGAGCCGUCCAUCCGAAGCAUCGUUUUAUCCAUACGGGAAGUCCUCAAGUCUAAAUCCUACAAGGUUUCGCAUGUUGUUCUUGUUGGGGGCUUUGGAGCUAGCGAGUGGCUACUUAAGAGGCUCAAGCUGGAGUUUGAGGAGGAUAGUCUACAGGUGAUGCGCCCUGAGCUCUACGUAAACAAGGCGGUAUCCGACGGCGCUGUUGCCUACUACCUCAGCCACAUGGUCACGGCUCGCAUUGCGAGAUAUAGCUAUGGGACCUUCCGUAACAUCGAAUACAAGCCUGGUAAUCCUGAUCAUGAGAAGAGGAUUGGGGAACUGCUCGUUCGACCGUCAGGCAGGCGUCUUGUGCCGAACAGCUUUGCUGUGAUGUUGGCCAAGGGAACGAAGGUCUCGGAAGAGAAUGAAGCAAAGGUCUAUAUGUGGAAAGAGGCGGAUUCGCUUGACCAGCUAUCGACCGUCUCGUUCGACGUCAUCUGCUACAAAGGGAAGAUGGAGAAUCCUACCUGGAAAGAUGAGGACCCAUUGAACUUUAAAAAGUUGUGUCGCGUUGAGGUGGACCUCUCCCAUUUGCAGUUGGAACCUCAGACGAAGAAGGAUGGGGGAAAGUAUUAUUUGGCCAAGUACUGGGUGAUUUUAAAGUUCAAUUCGGCGGAGUUGAAGGCGCAGAUGAUGUGGUAUGAGGGGACGGUGGAGAAGAGGAGUACGGCUAGACUGGUUUUCUAUCAGGAUACAUGA